AUGUCAACUACAAACUCUACAAAGUUCAGUAUCGGUUUGUCAUCGAAGAUGGCAGCUACGUGGUCCAUGGGUCCUGGAACUUACGAAGUGCCACUCUCGCUGUUCGUUAAGAAUAGAACUCGCCUUGCAAGUAAACUAAAAAGUGGUCAAGUUGUAGUUUUGCAGGGUGGUGAAGACGUUAACCAUUAUGAUACAGAUGUUCAGUAUGUGUUUAGACAGGAAGCCUAUUUUACCUGGGUAUGUGGUGUUCGUGAGCCAAGCUGCUACUUUGCCUUGGAUGUGACUACCAACAAGUCCAUUCUAUUUGUACCACGCCUUCCUGAGGAGUAUGAGGUCUGGAUGGGCAAGCUGCUAAGCUGCAAUGACUUCAAAAAAAUCUAUGGGGUUGAUGAAGUGUAUUAUGUGGAUGAGAUUCAAGAAGUACUCAAAAAGUUAAAUCCAGACCAGCUGCUGACAUUGUGUGGCACCAAUACAGAUAGUGGUCUGACUGCUAAAGAGGCUGUAUUUGAAGGGAUUGAUGAAUUCAAAGUUGACAAUGAAACGUUAUUCCCUAUUAUCGCCGAACUGCGCGUUAUCAAGACUCCAGAGGAAAUUGAAGUCAUGCGAUAUGUGUGUAAAGUAUCGUCAGAUGCACAUAAACAGGUGAUGCUCUACGUAAAACCUGGCCUAAAAGAGUAUCAAUGUGAGUCAGUAUUCUUGGACCACUGUUACCGAGUCGGUGGGUGUCGUCACGUUUCGUACACUUGUAUCUGCGGCUCGGGAGAUAACGGAGCCACACUGCACUAUGGUCACGCCGGUGCGCCUAACUCUAAGAUGCUCGAAAAUGGCGAUAUGUGUUUGUUUGACAUGGGCGGCAACUACGCCGGGUACGCCGCUGACAUAACGUGUUCAUUCCCCGCCAACGGCAAGUUUACUGAAGAUCAGAAACUCAUCUAUGAGGCUGUGCUGGCUGCAAGGGAUGCCGUUUUAAGAGAAGCUAAACCAGGUGUAAUGUGGCAGGAAAUGCACUUGACCGCUAACAGAGCGAUGCUCGAUCACUUGAAAAAAGGCAAUCUCCUGAAAGGUGAUGUUGAAGACAUGAUAAAGAACGGAGUGCACGGCGUGCUGCAGCCGCACGGGCUGGGCCACCUGCUGGGGCUGGACGUGCACGACGUGGGCGGGUACCUGGCGCACUGCCCCGCGCGGCCGGCCGGGCCGCUCGCCAGGCUGCGCACGGCGCGCCGGCUGCAGCCCGGCAUGCUGCUCACCGUCGAGCCCGGCUGCUACUUCAUACCGAGGCUUUUGAUUGGCGCCCAAAACAAUCCAGAUCAAUCUGUAUUCUUCAACUGGGAGAAAAUGCAAAAGUUUAAAAACUUCGGAGGUGUACGUAUCGAGGAUGAUGUGCUUAUAACUGAGGAAGGCGUCGAGAACCUAACUUUCGUGCCUAGAACAGUUGCUGAAAUCGAAAAGCAUAUGGCUGAUGGAGCUAACUUUAAAAACAAGUAA